AUGUGCCCUGACGCCUACAGCUACUCCCUGGAUCAAGGUCCGAUCAUGUAUAAUUGUCCUUCAGGAACAAACUAUCAGAUCAUUUUAUGUCCCCCUGUUGAUCUUAUAUCUUUAUCUCCACCUAUUCCAAAUGGAACAAGUAGCAUCACAUCCUCCGCAAAAUCCAAGAAAGGACGCAUAUUUGGUUUUGUUCUAGGUGGUUUCUUUUUUGUCACAUCCUUCAUCCUGUUCAUCUUGGUGCGUAGACGACGAUUGCAGCGACGCCAAGAGAUGCAGGAAGAGGAGGAAGCAGAGUUUGGGAGGCUACCGGGGAUGCUCAGAAGGUUCACAUUUGAGCAGCUACAAGAAGCAACUGAUCAGUUCAGAGAGAAGCUCGGGGAAGGAGGAUUUGGGUCUGUUUUCAAAGGACGUUUAGAGAAAGCAGAUGUCUAUAGCUUUGGUGUAGUGGUGAUGGAAAUCAUCAGUGGAAGAAAGAACCUGGACACUUCUCGAUCUGAAAACAGCUUUCAUCUUAUUACCUUACUGGAAGAGAAGUUGAAGAGUGAUCAGUUGGUAGAUUUGAUUGAUAUGUGUAGUAAUAAUGACAGUCAAGGACACAAGCAAGAAGCAAUUCAGAUGGUGAAGCUCGCAAUGUGGUGCUUGCAGAUUGAUUGCAAACGAAGGCCUAAAAUGUCUGAGGUCGUAAAAGUCUUGGAAGGCACUAUGAGUGCCGAAAAUGAAAUAGAUCAUCACUUUGUUGUUACAAAUCCAGCAAGCUUUGGUGCUUCAGGAAUUGUGGAUUUGUCAGCUCCACCUGUAGCCUCAGUUGUGUCAGGCCCAAGGUGA